AUGGCUGGUGCUAUGGAUUUUUGGAGUAGCACAGCAGUUGUAGAUCCUUUUGAUGGUGGUGAACUAAUGGAAGCACUUGAACCUUUCAUGAAAAGUGCUUCUUCCACACCACCCGAUUCUUCCACCCCAUCCUUCUCCCUCUCUUCUGACCAUUUUUUUGCUAUGUCCAAUCUCCCUCCUUCCACCUCAUUUCCCUACUAUCCCUCCACUCAUCCCACCGCGUACCAGCCGCAGGGCUCAGCCCAUGAUUAUUUGUUUGGGCUGGGCCAGGAGCAUCAGCCCACACUUUUGGGCCUCAACCAGCUAUCCCCAUCCCAGAUCCACGACAUCCAAGCCCAAAUCGCCUCAAGCCCAUUCCAGGCCCAGUACCCUCCUAGCACUCACCACUACUUGGAGCCCAUGCCCGUCCCCGUAAAGCCGGCCGGCUCGCCGCCGAAGCUGUACCGUGGGGUCCGGCAGAGGCACUGGGGCAAGUGGGUCGCCGAGAUCCGGCUGCCCAAGAACCGGACCCGGCUUUGGCUCGGGACAUUCGACACCGCCGAGGAGGCGGCGCUGGCGUACGACAAGGCGGCGUACAGGCUGCGGGGAGACUCGGCCAGGCUGAACUUCCCCCACCUCCGCCACAGCGGCUCCCACAUCGGCGGGGAAUUCGGUGAGUACAAGCCCCUCCACGCCACCGUCGACGCCAAGCUCGACGUCAUCUGCCGGACACUGGCGGAGGGCAAAAGUAUCGACGCUGUCAAGAAGGUGAAGGGAUCCAGAUCUCGAAAGUCCGCCGCCGCCGCCGCCGCCGCCGUGGAGGAGGAGAAAGGUGAGAAGGGGGUUUCGGGGUCGGAGAGCGACGGGUCGGUGGUGACGUCACCGGUUUCGGAUCUGACGUUGAUUGAGUUUUCGGAGGAGCAGUCGGGUUGGGAGAUGGGAUCUCUGCCCAAGUACCCGUCCUAUGAGAUCGAUUGGGAUGCUUUGUAA